AUGGCCAUUCUUUCACCCUUCUCACAACGUAUUUUUAAAUUAUACAGAAGAGCUUUGCGAGAAAUUUCAUACAGUGCCGAGAGGGAUGUUUUCUGUGUUGAAGCACGUAAAAUUAGAGAAGAAUUCGAGAAAUACAAAGGAGAGACAGAUACCUCAAAAAUUGAAUUCCUUUUGCAAAGAGGAGAAUACUGGGUUGAAGAAUAUGUUCAUCCGGAUCCAUAUCAUGUUCCAGACAAGGAGGGAGGUUGUGCUUUCUUGAGAUACCCCGACUUGGAUAAAGAGUUCUUGAAGAACCACUCUGUCAUCACUCUCACAGGUAAAGCUUUCUCCCACGAGGGAUGGUAA